CGUUUAACGUUGGCAAUGUAAAAACAAAAAAGAGAAGAAAAUUAAGAAACACGAAAUAUUCAGCGAAGUGAAAAGUUGCUUAAGGCAGUAUACUAGAAAGAAAACAAAUAUUUUACCAAUAAAAUUUGUUUAUAUCUUCAAUUUUGAUGAAAAACACGAUAAACUUUGAAGCUGUUGUGCUCACCAAUGUUAAAGCGAUUAGGAAAUCUGCGGUGGAUUAUUGAUUUCUGCGGACGCUGACGAAACAACAAACACGGACGUGGUGGCAGCAGCAACAAUAGCAGUAGCAGUGGUUGGUUGGCGAACAACGAAAAGUGGACAACGUAGUGACAAACCUACGAGCAAUGUAAAAGGUGUCGAGAACAAAAACACUCAUUGUGGUACUAAGUAAACGCGCGAAAGUGCAAGGGGAAACGUUGCGAGCAUCCAGUUACGUAGAGAACAUAAACAGACAACAAAGCAAUUGGUGCGAUUUUCUAUCGGCCCUGUGAUCUUUAACGAUAGUUUGAUAGCUCACUUUUGCGUGUGCAAGUGAGAGAUUUAAUUGCUGCGCUGGCGAGGAGCGUUAUUGUCAACAAAAAUAACAAGAACCUGCUGUUGUAACUACUACUCUGGUCACCACUAAAUAAGCAGCUGUUAACAUAUCGGAUAGCUUCCAGUGGCUCACAUUCCAUAAACUCUUUUCAGUUUUUUUUAGAACAUCGCUUGCCACUGGCGCAGAGAUGUCUAAUAUGUUCAGCAUAACCAAUAUCAAAAAUCGAUUGAUUUCGGUAAUUGCGCCGGAUAUACCACCGCUGCCAUCAGUGCCCAGCCAUCAGCUAAAUCGUGGUGGCAUAAUCAGCGCUGCAUCAAAUUACCAGAUGCGAAUGGCUCAUCAACAGAAUAAACGCGACAAAUUCGCGUAUGCACGUCCGCCAUUUCUGCAACUUUUGACAAUCGACGAAUUGCGCGCCUCUGCCGACCACAAUGUACGCCCCAUCAUUGUGCCACGGGACAUCUACUUACUGCCGUGGGGCACUGGCUACGCAGAGUGCGUGAAUUCCGGCAAAUCGGAGUGGAACGAAGACCAGGCAGCCUUUUGCAGGCGAGUACUUUCUGACCCGACUCAUAGCCACCCAGGCUUACCAUACACGUAUUAUGGCAUUUUUGAUGGCCACGCUGGCUAUGGUGCCGCUUUGGCGGCCUCGCAUCAAUUCCACCAUAUUCUACAUGAAAAACUGGUGGAUUGCUUAGAACUACUACUUCGUCCGGAUGAGGAGUCAAUCAAUGCAAAUCCAAAUAGUGGCUUCCUGCAUCCCAGUCAAUUACAUCGGCGCGUCUCCAAGGAUGACCUCAUUAUUGGUGCACUUGAAAGCGCUUUUUUCAGUAUGGAUGCAUUAAUUGCACAAGAUCGUAAUCGGUAUCGGGAUGCGGGCGGUUGCACAGCUUGCGUUGCACUGUUCAUCAAUGGUAAGCUGUUUGUGGCUAACGCUGGCGACAGUCGCGCGGUGUUGUGUCAGCGUAGAAGUGGCACCACGCAUGAUGAAAAACACAAGUCGGCCACUAGUACGACGUCGGUGAUUAGUGCUGAGCGCAAUACCGAUGCGCAGGAAGUAUUUGCGGUGCCGUUUUCAUUCGAUCACACUCCCGAGACGGAGAGGCAACGCUUGCUCACAGUAGCACUCUUGGUGCCACAUUUGAUAGGGGAGCAGUAUACCGCCAUGGAGUAUUCAAAAAGACCAAACGCCAAGGAUUUGGGUCAGCGCAUACUUUGCCGUCAAGGCACCAUGAAAGGUUGGACUUACAAGACAUUGACGGGCGAAGAUUUGCGAAUGCCAGUGGUGACGGGCGAAGGAAAGCGUAGCCGAUUGUUGGGCACACUGGGCGUAACACGUGGAUUCGGCGAUCAUGAUCUCUUGGCCAUCAGUACAGGCACCAAAAUCAAACCAUUUCUCACGCCCCAUCCGGAAGUGGUUGUGCGCGACCUUUCCAAAAUCGUCAGCAUUCCAGGUGAAAAUAACGAGGAUGGUGACUAUGGCAUACUGGUUAUGGCCACCGACGGUCUAUGGGAUGUUUCCGAGAAUGAGGCAGUAGCACGCACCGUUUUUCAAACAUUGACCAAAUACCCUACAGAAGAGCACCGCUACACAAUGGUAGCACAGGAAUUGGUAGCGCGAGCGCGUGGUAAAAUCAAUGAUUCGGGUCAUUGGCGUUUGGCCGACAGCAAAGCCGCUGCAACAGUUGACGAUAUCUCAGUGAUUGUGAUUCCCGUCUAUCAGUAUUACAAAGAGGCUGCCGAAUGGGAAAAGAAGUGUGUACAAUUGCUAAAAGAGCUAAAAGAGCGACGCGCUAAGAUGACACAAAGCGCCACCGAAGCGUGUGAGGAUGAGACAUUGGUGAAUGGCGUGACAAAAGCACAAGUAGAAAUAGGACACGACGAGGAGGAAGAGGAAGAAGUGGUUGUAGAAGUGAAUAGACAACAAGCACAGGCCACUGUUGAGAUAGAAGAGGAUGUACAUAAAAAACCCGAAAAUGGCGAACAAGCGCAAUUGGCCAAUUCUGAAGCAAGCAAAGUUGGCUUAACAAUGACGGCAAACGAUAUGAAUGAAUUGAUCGAAAAUGAGCUGACCGCUGCAAUAUCUACCCUGGAUGCUAUUGAGCAGGCGGAAGAUGAUGUUAAAAAGGAGGAAACAGGAACGUUUGCCACCAUUCAGGAGAAGACGAAUCAAGAAGAGAAAUCAAAGCAACACCAACAACAUCAACAACAUCGCAAUCGUAAUCGCAAAGAUAAGCGUUGAGAAAACAAAAGCGUACGCUUAGGUUAGCGUAUAUAUUUUAUACUAAAUAAAUAAAUAAUUAAUAAUUAGUACAUAGACAGCAAACUUAACUAGCAAAAAGAAACGCACUUAAAUAAAGAAAUCAAGUAUGAGAAGUACGCGAAGUACGCGAAGUAACGUAAAAAGCGAAGUAAAGGAAACGUCAGAAAAGUAGCGCAAUGUUGCGGAAGUGAAAUUUAGCAAGUGAAAGUUUAUGAAUCAUUACCAGAGAGAAACUAAUAAUCGAUAUAUGAACAUAAUAAUUUAUUUUGUUUACGUACACCUGCGUAUCUUAUGGCCGCAUUUAUGGUCACAAAUCGGCUCUAGCCCCAACCCGCUACCAUGCGAACUUAAAUCUUUAUACUGAGUAGAGAUGAAAGUCAUUUAUAAAUUGAAAAUUCAAAUUAACACUACAAAUGUGAGAAAAAUUUAUAAACAUUUUAAUAUUGUUCAAUAAAAAUGUAAUAAUUCAUGAUUUUCGAAAGA